AUGGCGGCAGCGGCGGCCCCGUCCCGCGGCGCGGUGCAGCGGCUGCGGCAGCUGUGCCAGCGCUACCAGGAGUACGUGCGGCGGCACCCGGCCGCCACCGCACAGCUGGAGGGCACCGUGCGCGGCCUCUCCUACCUGCUGCCAGGUCGCUUCGCGGACGCCCACGAGCUAUCGGAGCUCGUGUACUCCGCCUCCAACCUGCUGGUGCUGCUCAACGACUGGAUCCUGCGCAAGGAGCUGCCCCGAGGCCUGCCGGGGUCACUGCCCCAGCAGAAGCUGCUGACCUGGCUGAGCGUGCUAGAAUGUGUGGAGGUCUUUGCAGAGAUGGGGACAGCCAGGGUGUGGGGGGAGAUGGGCCGAUGGACCAUCAUUGUCCUCAUCCAGCUGGCUAAGGCCAUCCUCCGCCUCCUGCUGCUGCUGUGGUAUAAAGCUGGCAUCCAGACGUCUCCUCCUAUAGUGCCGCUGAACAGGGAGCAGCAGCAGUCUCUCCACUCUGAAGAUGUGGAAGGCACCUCCUCAGGGAAAGAUCAGACCUAUGUUGGUAGGCGUUCCAGCCGUGUUGUGAGAUCUCUCCAAAAUACUCCUUCCCUGCAGUCCAGGCACUGGGGAUCCCCCCAGCAGAGGGAGGAGACACAGAGCCGAAGAGCAGAGGAGAUGAACCAGCCUCCCACUCCUCUGGGUCUCCAAGAAACCAUCGCAGAAUCGAUCUAUGUUACCCGUCCUCUGCUCCACUUAUUGAGUUUGGGAGUGUGGGGACAGAGAUCAUGGAAACCCUGGCUCCUCUCAGCAGUCCUGGAUAUCUCGAGUUUGAGCUUGCUGAGUGAUCUGAAAGACCUGAACAGGAGAGAGCGAGCAGAGCUGAGGAGACGAACUAUCCUGCUGCUGUACUACCUGUUGAGAUCUCCUUUCUAUGACCGAUACUCAGAGGCAAGGAUCCUCUUCCUCCUGCGUUUGUUGGCUGAUUACGUGCCUGGACUUGGCUUUGUCACACGGCCACUGAUGGAUUACUUGCCUGCCUGGCAGAAAAUCUAUUUCUAUAACUGGGGCUGAUGAGAAGAUUAAGAUUUUUAUUUGCUAAGAUCAGGGAUGGUUGUUUCUAGGGAGGGCUGGGAGAAGGCAUGUUGAUUAUAUCUAAUUUUCAGUUAAACCAUCAAUGAGAAGCUCCUGUUCUGCAGGGCGGGGAGGGGAUGUAAAUAAUUUUUUAACAGAUCUGGCUGUGAAUGAUGGACACUACGUGUGUGGAGAGACCUUGGCCACCUCUUUCUAUGAACUGUUGUGGCUGCAGUGAGAGUGACGGGACAACCUUUUUUAAGCACUUGAUUUUUCUCCUUUUUUAUGGCUGCACUACACUAAAGCCAGGCAGCGUAGAGAUUUUUGGAGAGCAUAGUCUCCCACUUUGUGGCUUUGAGACUGACCUGCAGCCUGCUUGUGUUGGCCAUGCCUGGCCGAUCUGCUUGGAGCGGGCUUGUCUUUCAAAUAAACUGACUGAAAGAACUGA